GACCUGCGCCUGGGCGUUCAGCCCAAAUGUCUGCUCUGCCCCAAGAGGGGGGGGGCCCUCAAGCCCACCCGCAGUGGAACCAAGUGGGUCCACGUCAGCUGUGCCUUAUGGAUCCCUGAGGUGAGUAUAGGCUGUCCGGGAAGAAGAUGGAAGCCCAUUACCAAGGUGUCCCAUAUCCCCGCAGCCGCUGGGCUCUGUCCUGCAGCCUGUGUCGAGAACACACAGGGACCUGCAUACAGUGCUGCAUGCCCUCCUGUAUCGUGGCCUUCCAUGUGACGUGCGCCUUCGACCACGGCCUGGAGAUGAGGACGAUCCUGGCAGAAAACGACGAGGUUCGCUUCAAGUCCUUCUGCCUUGAGCACAGCUGCACCGCCAGCAACAGUUCAACCUCCAACAGCUUCUCCAGUCUGGCCAGUGUGAGCCUAGGAACCCACAGCACCAGUUCCUCCUUGAUCAACGGAGCAGUCGCAGCAGCCAGACCUGACUGGACCAACCCAGUUAUCAGUUCUGAGCUCCGGCCGGACCAUCAGCACCUACCAAACAUCGGCAGCGACCCGGAGCAGAGGUCAGUUUUGUAUCCGAUGUUUGCGUCAGAGCGAGCUGAGCGGGAACAGCUGGAGAGGGAGAAAGUGAGCAAGAGGAAACAGAAGCUGCAGGAGCUGGAGGAUAAGUUUUACCAACUGGUGGAGCCCGGGGAAGUGGCCGAAAAUCUGGGGCUGCCCGUCCCCCAGGUGGACUUUUUAUAUCAGUUCUGGAAGAUGAAGAGGAAGUCAAACUUUAACCGACCUCUGAUGACCUUAAAGAGGGACGAGGUGGACAACCUGGCCCAACAGGAGCAGGACGUCCUCUACAGACGCCUCAAACUCUUCACACACCUCCGACAAGACCUGGAGAGGGUGCGUAACCUGUGCUACAUGGUGACUCGGAGAGAGAAAAUGAAGCACACACUUUGUGACCUCCAGGAGAAGAUCUUCCACCUGCAGAUACAACUCCUGGAAGAAGACGUCGCUGGCGGUAAGAAAGAAAGAAAUCAUAAAAACGAGAAAGGAGAAAAGAGGAAGCAGAAUGGAGUGAAGGACAAAGGAAAGGAGAGGAGGAAGAGUAGUCCCGAGAAGAAGAAAAAGGAGAGGUUGAAGGCAGAGAACGGCUCCCUGCUGAAAGAGCUAGGUUUGUCGAAGUCCUUCCCGUUGGACAACUCUUUGUUUGACAGCUGGCUCGCCCAGUCGGUUCAGAUCACGGCUGACGACAUGCUGAGUCAGUGGGCUCUGGGCUCCCAGCACCGGGACAAGAGCGGCAGCCUGCUCUCCGACCAGCUCCUGCAGGGUGAGGAGAGCCUGCUCAAUCUCAUGAUGGAGAACUCCAUGCAGUCCACCUGGAAAACACCUCAGCUGGGCCGAAAACCACGAGGGAGCAACAAGCCCCGUACUCGCGGUGCCCCUCCGCAAUCCCCCAGCCCCACCCUGCCCCAGACGCCCCUCUCUGCAGCGGCCCCCUCCUUUGCAGCAGCCCCCUCCUUUGCAGCAGCCCCCUCCUCUGCAGCGGCCCCCUCCUCCGCCAGCAGCCCCUCCACAGCAAAGAGCCUCUGGGCAAGCAUGGCAGAGGAGAAGCCCAUCCAUGUGGGCCGCAAAGGGGAGAGGUCCGGGGGCUCCUCGCGGCACCAUCUCUACGUUCACCCCCACCAGACAAGGAGCUCUGACCCGCCGCCGCAGCCCCCCGUCUCCAAGAUGGAUUCCUGUCACAUCUCGGAGGAGCGCAGCCCGUGGAACAGCGUCUACACGGGGAAUGGCGUCGCAUCCUCGUCCCCACGCCCAGGCUCCAGCCCCGGGGCCACGUUGCCCGACACAGGGGCGAUCAUUCGUGGCAGGGGUCCACGGCUCCGCCUCUCCCGCCAGGUGAAAUCCAGAGGGAGGGGCUUCACUGGAGGUAUAGCAGGUCUGGAGUCUGUUGGAAUGCCGCUCACAGGAAAGGACGCUUCAAUGCUGGACGCUGUGGAGACCGACGGCUACUUCUCUGACGGCGAGCAGAGCGAUUCUGACACGCGCUCGGGCGGACGCAAACUCCGCUUGCCGCAGUUGCAUUCUGGGAAAGAGGACCUGCUGAGAAGGAGCGUGCUGGCCUCCUAAAGAACUGAGCUAGCGAAUUGUAUCUCCAUCUGUGCCCAAUAUACAGUCCACAAAACAUGGCUGGAUGGCUUUGUUCAACCAAAUCCUGUCACGUCUACUUGUGGAAAAUCUCUUCAGCUCUCGACUGCUUUGUUUUCGGGGGGGAAUUUGAAUGUAGCUGUUUGCCUAUCGUACAGUUAAGCAACUCCACCGGACUGUAGUUUGUCGUCAGCCUAUUACAAGAUGUGAUACAUUUAACGAAUAGGAAACAAACAUUUCAUUUAGACUUUGUUUAAAUUUCAGAUUCAUUUUGAUUCUGGGCGUUGAAGUACCCUUUUUUUGGCCUCAUGUCUGUGGUAUCUGCCAGACUUGGGAACAAACACUUUGGGGCAUUAUUAUUAUUAUUAUUAAUAUUAUUCAAGCUGGUUUCAGGGUCUGCUCCGCUCUUGGUCUUUAUGGCCUGAGAUGCAUCCAAUGAGUCCUUGUUUUCUUGAAUCUGUUCAGUGGAAAGACAAUUACACACCAGAGCUAAUCUGAAUAUGUACAGGUGGUGACAUGGGAUAACAUGUAUUCAGCCUUGAAAAGCACAACUAGCUAGUCAUAAGAGCUGUAAUGUAAGCACUCGUGUGUAUAAUAGAUGCUCAGUCAGGGUUGGGUUCAAUUCUCAUAAUGUUUACCCGGUUUGCAAAAUGUACACUAAAGCCUACAUUCUUCAAUUUAUCUUCUCAGAUUUCCAGCUUUUCAAAUUUUUAGAUAGCAAAAAGAUUGACCCCAACCCUGGAGCUCAUUCAGAUUGUCACACAGAGACACAAACACACAAACAUACUGACACACACAUAAUAAGCAAAUCCCUUUGCUCACAUCACAGCCGAAAUGGAAAUAUAUUUGAUCUGACUUUUGUCAGCUGCUUUCAAAUUCUUCCUAGUUCUGAGUUCAUUUUUUUAUCAAGCCGGAAUCCUUGGAGAGAAAUCACCGUAGAAACUCUGUGCCUUCUGUCGCUUGCCCUGUGCCCCCUCACCUCGACCCAAAAACGUAUCAAAAAAACAAACAAUCAGUAAGUAGAUCAAUCAGUCGUUCAUCAAUCGGAUUUGUAACAAUCAAACCAAAAGGAAAUCCCGUUGGAUUGGUUACCAAGUGUAUCCAGUGCUGGGCUCCUUGUCUCCUUAAUUGUCUAGUGCCUGAAACAAGGAUGUAAAUGCAGCAUUCGCCAUUAAUCAGCAAAGUAUCUGCAACAGUUAGCAAAGCAGAGCCACAGCGUACUAUCAGUGCAGAGAGCUGCCUACUGUUCUGUGCCCCCCACCCCCCCACACAGCUAGAUUACUGCAGCCCAGAGCCAUCGAUACACUGUUUGGCCAGGUUACACUGUGAGCACCAGAGAGCUGAGUAAAACUAUAGAUACACAUGGAAAAUGGUAAAUAAAACUUUAACCUGUCGGCAAGUCCCGUUGAAGAUUAGUCAUUUAGAUUAGUGGCUACAAACACUGAUUGGACAUUUUGGUAUUUUUUGUAGCCUGUUCCAAUCAAUACAAAAUAAGAUGUACCGCCAACUAUUUUGAUAAUCAAUCAAGUUUUUUUUCUAUGCACAAAUACUGUUUCAGCCCUUCAAAUAUGAAGAUUUUCUUAGUAUAUAUUUAACAAAAUAUUUGUUUGUUUUGGACUUAAAAACAAAGCAUAUUACCUAGUUAAUACCACUUCAUCUCAUCCAUGUGUAUCUAUGCAGUUUAUGAGUUUUAUUUAUCAGUGUAGUGAAUGAAAAGUAAUUGUUUAAUGUGGCCAAGCUCUAGUCUCUGAUGGCUCUGCUGCACGUGUUCUCCUUUUAGAUGAAUGAUGACAAUGUAAAAACCAGCUUCAGAGGCCUGCGCUCUUAUGUUCUUAAUUUGAGUUGUUUAUAUUUCUUUUAGAAAAUAUAUACUUUUGUUGUUAUCGCAGAGAGUUGUAUUUUGUACUUAAAGCAGUCCAUGGUGUUCUCAGGGGUUAAGAAAAACGUUUAAAAAAAUAAUAAAAGGUUUAAAAAUGUAUCGAAAAGAAGCGUAAGACAGAUAUAUAUAUAUAUAUAUAUACAUACCGGUACAUAUAUAUAUACAUAUACAUAUUUUAUAUCGUAUACAGUAUAUACAUAUAUAUAAAGUAAUGUGUGUAUGUCUAGAAACGUCCUUAUUUGGCAAGCUUCACUGUUUGAACUCCUACACGAAUACUACUGAGCAUGUUCCUUUUCUCAGUACGGCCAUCAGCCCUGGGUUCAACCAAUAACUAAAUUGUAUUUCUUUUGAACAACAGGCGAGGGGGCAGGUCAAAUAAUAGCGAACUAUAAUAGCUCUGUGGUCAACAACAAAAAGGGAUUUUAUUUUCAUUUAAUUAAUUAAGUAGUUAAUACCCAUCACAAGUGAUUUUUAAGGGCUGCUUAACCCAGGUCUGAUGAACAGAUACUUAAAUGGAGGUGCAAGUCCAAUCUACUUCCUCUGGGUUUUUUUUUGCUGUAUGGAACAGCUUCUAGCCUGUCUUCGGAAGUGACCACGCCAAAGAACAGAUCUGUGUAUCAAGGCCACAUAUUUACAUCUUUUAUCUACACAAACACACAUACACGUCUCUGGUUUUCAAGAUGAACAAUGUUAGAUAAGGAUGUCAAACAAUUCUGGAUGCAGCUAAGUAAAAUCUCAACCCAGCUCGAUCAGUUAGAAAACGCUGCAAGCUCCAGACGGGCGCAGCUAUAUUCACAACCCAACCGGGAUUCCUCCACAUCUGCAUUUACAGGAGUUCCCUUAGGAAAAGCUUGGCGAUGGUUGUUAAAUGCAGACUCACACAUUUAAACCCUAUUCAGAAAAAGCCCAAUGCUGCUGAACUGAACUCUGAACAAACAGCUCACAUAUACAGACACACACAUACACACCAGAGCUGGUAUAACAGGGUUAAAAUAUACAAGAUGACUAGUUUUUUUAUGUAUAUGUGAUCCUGUCUGCAUCAGGAAGUAUGAGCUUACUCAGAGAGAAAUGCCCCCUAUCAGCAGGAGAGUAUUAGUACUGGUUUCUCCUUCAGAUGUAGCCAUCGUAGAAGAUUCAUGUUGUUAAUCCUCCACUCUCGGCUGUUUUUCAACAAAGAAAAGUGG